UCUCCGAUUCUUGCAACAAACCUCAGCGUAUCGACCACAGGCGAUCUGCGAUAUUCUACGAAAAGCUGGAUGAGUGAAAAUAAGAAGCUAUGAUUCCCUCUGCUGCUAGAACUGUGGUCUUAUACCUGCUGGUUAUCUGUGCCACGGGGAUCUGGUUGAGGCCAGUCAGCCCUUCUCUCGUGACAGCGAAGACAGAAUACAAUUCCUUCGACAUGGAUGAGGAUCUAAUUCGCGUCGUUCACCCAAACGGUUUUGUCAACAUCGACUGGGGUCUCACGUUGCCCGAGGGCGCCGAGGGAGUGAACUGUACCGAAGGAGACUAUUGUCUGGACUUCGAAGUCGCCAAGGUGGUGGUGACUCAAGAGGAGCAUUGUCACAAGGUCUCUUGGGUGGCCUCAAAUCUCACGGAACUCAAGGACUGCGUGAUCAUUGAUGGACACUGGUAUGGCGGCGGCGAACAAGACGCCCACUCGUGGCCUUUGGAAAAUGUUCCUCAUUUUGAAACGCCUUUUGCCAUUGGCCACGGCUGGCUGCAGUGUCUUGCAGAGGCGUACUGGGUAUCCUCGCAAGGGGCUGCUAUCAGGGUGGAGGAGGGAACGCCCCUUUUCGUCAGUCUACCCGACCACAACCUGGAUUUAGUGGCUGACCGGCUGUGCCUCAGCGCCAAACAUAAAGCUCCAUUUUCAUCCCAGGAAGGAGACAGUCUAAAACUCACUUAUUAUGUUUGUACAGGAAAUGACGUCAAGGAAGUGCACACACGCAGUUAUUCCAAGUUCUUCAAGAAUCCUUCUGGAAUGCCAGACUUGAGAAUGUUCCAGGACCCUAUAUGGUCUACCUGGGCUGAAUAUCACAAGGAUAUUAACGACACAAAAGUCAGGGAAUUUGCAGCGAAUAUAAAAAGAAAUGGUUUCAAUUACAGCCAGAUUGAGAUUGACGACAACUGGGAGACAUGCUACGGCGACCUGACCUUCGAUCCCGCCAAGUUUCCUGACCCCAAGAAAAUGGUGGACGACCUUCAUAAUGACAACUUCAGGGUCACUCUUUGGACGCACCCUUUCAUCAACGAUAACUGCGAAACUUUUCGUGUCGCUGAUGAGAAGGGAUACUUGAUCAAAAACGAAGCCGGUGUGACCGAAAAGACGACCUGGUGGAAUGGGAAAGCUGGUAUGGUGGAUUUCACCAACGAAGAGGCCGCCUCAUGGUGGAUUCAGAGGCUAGAGGCCCUCAGGGAAGCUCUGGGCGUCGACUCGUUCAAGUUCGAUGCUGGGGAAGCCUCUUUCCUUCCAAAGGACUACGUUCUCAAUGCUCCUAGGGAGUUUUGGCCGAAUAUCUUCACAGUGAGAUACGCUGAGGCUAUAACGAAGUUUGGUGAAAUGGCCGAGAUUAAGAUAGGCAUGGGUACUCAGAUUUACCCGAAUUUCAUGAGGCUCUCAGACAAGGAUUCAAUAUGGGAGGGAGAGUCACUGAAUGGCCUCAGGUCCAUUGUCCCAAGCACACUUAACCUUGGACUGGUUGGAUAUCCAUUUGUGCUGCCCGACAUGAUUGGAGGCAACGCUUACCAUCUUCUCCUCCCAUCUCCCGAGCUCUUCGUGAGGUGGGUGCAGACUAAUGCCCUCCUGCCGGGACUCCAGUUUUCAAUCGCCCCCUGGAAACUCGGCGAUGAAGUGGUGCAGAGGAGCCAAGAGGCGAUUGCUCUCCACGAGAAGGCAAUGCCUUUGUUCCUUCAAUUGGCACAGGAAUCAAUCGAGACAGGAGCUCCUAUUGCAAGACCCACCUGGUGGCUGUGCCCGGAACUAGAAGCCUGUCUUACAGCUAACCAGCAAUUUCUGUUGGGAGACGACGUCUUGGUCACGCCCGUGGUGCACAAGGGCGCCACAACUCUCUCAGUGGUCCUCCCUCCGGGGCAGUGGAAAAGAGCUGACACUGGUGAUGUACACGAGGGUCCAAGCACCAUCAUUCUCGAGGGAAUCACAACUGACAGUCUAGUUUACUUCACAAGGGAAGUUUAGGUAUCUCUGCUGAAAGACAUUUCAUCGACUUCAAGUUUUAUUUUGGCUUCACUAUGCUCAGUUUUCGUUAGAAAUAGUAAAUGGACAUGGACUGCAAAUAUCGGAUUAAUAUGGUGGGUGGAAUUUUGGUAGGAAUUUGUUUAGCUACGUAGUAUUUGUUUCAGCAAGUCGGAAUGAGAUACUGGAACUUAAAAUUUCAAGAAAAGAACUCUUCAACCUUUGAGACUGAUAAAUGUCUGACUUUUCAUCGCUUCUUUUUACUUGAAAUACGACUCGGUUUAGUUUGGAAAUCGUUCAGUUAUAACGUUGGAUUUUCGUUUCGAUAUAACCACCAGUUGCAUUUAUCGGGAUAUUCCGAUAAAAUGAAGGAAAGCAAGAAACUUCAGUUUAUAAUUCUUAUAGAAUAACCUCUGUAUUUAUGUACGGAUAUGAUGAUAGGCAAUAAAAAAUAUGAUAAAAUACAGUCUGCAGCACAUUCAGAUGAUAACUGUCAAUAAAGUAUAC